AAGCGAACGAUCAGCAGCGAUUCGACGAUCCGACCCCUCUUUCUCGAUUACCCCCAACAGAUCGUCGGUGUAAAGAUCUAAACCAUAGUAAACGCGUUUCAUAAGAGUUCGCCUAUUGACCUUGAGCUCCUCUGCUACCGUUCCGCAUUUCGAUCUGUGGCAAAGACAAAAUCACGAACCAGAGGCCCUGGUGACGCACGUGAAUGACGACGACUAAGAGCAAUACGAUCGAUUAAAACAAUUCGAAAUUUGGAGAUUAUUAAACAAUCGACGGCCUACAAUGUUUUCGUCAGUCGUAAGGAGAGUUGUUCGACGUUCCUUUUCUACGUCAAAAUGGAGUGCCGCACAGCAGAUGACUGUGCGAGAUGCCUUGAACUCCGCCCUGGAUGAAGAAAUGGAAAGAGACGAAAAGGUGUUUUUACUCGGAGAAGAGGUGGCUUUGUACGACGGAGCGUACAAAGUUUCUAGGGGCCUCUGGAAAAAAUAUGGGGACAAACGUGUCAUUGAUACCCCUAUCACUGAAGCAGGAUUUGCUGGUAUAGCUGUUGGGGCUGCUAUGGCUGGUUUACGUCCUAUAUGCGAAUUUAUGACGUUUAAUUUCUCUAUGCAAGCUAUCGAUCAGAUUAUCAAUUCUGCUGCCAAAACCUUCUAUAUGUCUGCUGGUAGGGUAAAUGUACCAGUUGUCUUUCGUGGGCCAAACGGAGCUGCUGCAGGUGUAGCAGCUCAGCAUUCUCAAUGCUUCGGUGCCUGGUACAGUCACUGUCCUGGUUUAAAAGUAGUAUCACCCUACAACAGCGAAGAUGCGAAAGGCUUGUUGAAAGCUGCUAUUCGAGAUCCCGAUCCAGUUGUCGUAUUAGAAAAUGAAAUAUUAUACGGUAUUCAAUAUCCUAUGUCAGACGAAGCUUUAUCGAAAGAAUUUCUUGUGCCAAUUGGUAAAGCGAAGAUUGAACGCGUUGGCAAGCACGUUACGUUAGUAGCACAUUCCAAGGCAGUCGAGCAAGCUCUCGAAGCAGCGAAUGAACUUGCGGGAAAAGGAAUAGAGGCGGAAGUGAUAAAUCUUAGAUCUUUGAGACCACUAGACAUAGACACCAUUGUACAAUCAGUAGUGAAAACGAAUCAUGUUUUGACUGUGGAACAAGGUUGGCCACAAUGUGGCAUCGGAGCGGAGAUUAGCGCCAGAAUUUCUGAAAGCGAAGCGUUCUACCAUCUCGAUGCGCCGGUCGUUCGUAUCACAGGUGUUGAUACACCUAUGCCGUAUGCCAAAACGCUGGAAAUUGCAUCUUUACCGCAAAUGAAGGACAUAGUAUACGCGGUAAAUAAAGUACUAGGUUUGGUAGAGUAAUUAUUUUGUACAGAUCUUUAGGUAAAAUUACAAUUUCCCAUCUACCGCUCCCUCAACUUUCUCACGAUCCUCGAUCCCUGUCCCUAUAUGACCUUCC